AUGGGCUAUGCUUUGGGAGAUCUGCCGCGCAAGAGAGUGACCCGAUCGACUCCCGCAUUACCACCUGAGACUCCGGCUUCACCACCUGCGGUUCCAGCACUGCCACCUACGAUCCCUGCUCUAUCACCAAAGGCUCCCGCCCUACCACCUACAAUCCCCACUCCACCAUCAGAGGUUCCUACCGCCCAUCCUGAGGAUGCUGCUCCUCCACUAGAGACCGGUACGGAUCCGACCGUAUCCAGUAGGAGCCCGCGAGUGCCCUCCUUCGUGAGUUUCGACGACUCGAUCCCCCGCAUUUCCAAGGAGUAUCCUGGCCCCCAGCAGCAGCAGCAGAGAGGUUCACAGCCGCCCCCACCACCGCAGCAGCAGCAGAGACCCCCACAGCAGCAGCGACAACAGCCCCUACCACCGAGGCCACCUCAACAGCAGCAUCAGCACUAG